AGGAGGAAUUAUUCAGUAAUUUGUCCAUAUUCAAUGAAACGUGUGUGAAGUGGCAAAGGAAAACUGGAAGACUGGGAGUGCAGGAAACGUACACAUUUCACAUACUGGGCCAAAGAUGGGAUGAGAAGACGUUCUCAGAAGAUGCAAUAUUUAACAUCACUACAAGUGAAGAUAAUCCAAAGGUGUGUUUAGAUCUCAACUCUGGCAGUAACUAUGUGGUGAAUAUUACUACCAUGUCUUCCACAGACGUCGCUGUCUCAGUUACAGUAGCAGUUCAAACAAAGGUAAAGGAAGCUUUCAAUAAUGUAUUAAUUUUUAAUGAUACCUGCUUGAAAUGGCAGAGAAAUGUCAGGGGAACUGAUGUGGAAGACAGAUACUCAUUUCAUGUGCAAGGCCAGCGUUGGUAUCAGAAGGAGUUCUUUCAUGAAAUGACCAUCAACCUUACCACACACAAGCAGGCUCCAGAAGUUUGUUUUGAUUUGCAGCCAGGCACCAAUUACUCUGUUAAUAUUUCCAUGGUAGCUUUGAAUUUUUCGCUGCUCAUUUCCAUGACAACACAAAUCACAGAUCCCCCUUUCCCAGAUGUAGAAUUUGUUGCAGUAAAAGGUUCCUCACCCUCGCUCAGACUCCGGAAAGCAGAAGAUCGAAAUGGACCAAUCAGUCUUUAUCAAGUGAUUGUGCUUCCUCUGGGUUUGCAAAGCACUUUUAUUUGUGAAUCCUUUGCUGCUGCAACUUUCUUUAGUAACACCACUGAUGUUAAAGGAUAUGUGGCAGCUGAAUUUCGGGCGAAGGAUGUUGCUGAUAACAUGUCAAUUGCUCUUGGAGACAGACAUUACUACGGGAAGUUUUAUAAUGCUCCUUUAAAGCUGGGAGAAGAGUAUUAUGUUUUUUUGAGAAUAAUAAGUGAAUGGAAUAAGGUGACAACACAGUCCUGUGCUGUUUGGGCACAUAUUAAAAGCUUACCACCCACUCUGCAGUACAUGACUGCUGUUGGAUUCGGGUCAGUUGCUGCAGUCUGUCUUGUAUUGUUCCUCUCGUUCUCAGCAGCACGCUCUUAUCUCCAGAGCACAGUGUACUCCCCGCCUGCUGCUUUAGCCUGUGAGGCUGUACAUUUAUCUGCUACGAUGGACGUGGCACAAACAGGGAUUACAUCAUCAUUCCUAGAGACUGAAAAUGUCUCUCUUCUCUGA